CAAAAUUUUAAACCGGCAAGUGCUCAGUCGAUCCCCGCACAAUUUAAUCAUCCGCUCGCGAUUUAACUUUAACGCGAGUUUCUCGUGGAAAUGCUGCAUCAUAAACUCGGAAAGAUAUCGACGCGGUGUUAAGAUCUAAUUUAUUUUCGGGAUUUUCCUUUUUGGAUGCGAGGUUCACGCAGUGCGCACAGUUCGUCUUCGCAUAGCUUUUUUAUUUUACGUGACUGGCCAUGAAGGGGUGGUUCGAUGCAUUUCGAUACGAUGGUGGGCCUACCCUUUACAAUUUCAAUAAUCGAACUUCUGUGACGGGCGAUAUCACUUUUAUCACAUUUCUUGCUACUUUCUGUACACUCUACGUGGCAUUCCUGAUAAUAUAUUUUGGCAUAAGAAAAGAGAGAUGUUCAACAUUUUGUGCUGUGACGUUAAGUUUGUUCAUAGGAGCUACAAUUUUAAUUACUCUAUACGGUUCAGCGUGGCAUAUAUCAAAAUCACCAGUAGUCAGUACUUAUCAAGCAUUUUCGAAAGAAAAAUUGUCAGGUGACAUCGGUAUCUACGUAGGACUAAAUCAUGUAAAUAUAACGUUGCAAGCGAAUUCCAGCAGGGAAUGGAGUGAUAUAGACUUUAACGAGCGAUUUAUGUGGGUAGAUGCUAAUCAGAUGCAAAACAGUUUCAAAGAGGCCAUAAUAAGGGGCCUGCCCUUUCCUAUAUUGACUGUAGCAGAAUACUUUACCACUGGCCAAGAUGGCUUGGCAUGGGGCAGACAAUACAGAACUGCAGGAUAUUUCGCCAUUAUUAUGCUUUGGACUUCUUUUGUGACAUGGGUGUUAAUGAACCUUAUGCUAAUUGCGGUGCCGAGGUACGGCGCUCUUCUUAUGACCUUGUGUGGGUUCCUUUUGUUGUCGACAGUAUGCGGAUAUUUCGGAAUGUUACCGGAACCUCCUCUGGUCGUCUACGUAGAGGGAACCAAAAUGAAUUUUUCUUUUGGCUGGUGUUAUUGGCUGGUUUUGAUAGCAGGAGGAAUUUGUUUACUAGCUGGUGUAAUAAUAACUACAGUAGAAAUACUUAAUCCUCAUAGUUUUUCGACAAUAUUAGAAGUUGAUUACGACACCCCUUUCGAUAGGCAUGUGAUUAUAGAAGAUAGCAGGGGAAAAAGGUUUGAAAAGAGAAAAAAUAAUACCAGUUUAGAGGAAGCGAAUUCGAUAGGUAGAAUUCUGAGGAGACUAAAUUCGAAAAAUAAGGAAGAAACAACACACGUGCAGAAUAAAUCUAGUAAUAGUACAUCGAAUGGGAAUGAAGAAUUCCGUUUAGAACCGAGCCCUUGGACUUAUCCGUAUAAAAAGAAUGAUUCCUGUUCGUCUGUGUCCAUGAUUUCUUCCACUAUGUCAAUAUCUGCUUCUCCACCGCUUAGAGAUCAGUUAAAAUAUGACAUGGAUCCUGUUCAGAUGUGGUAAUAAAAUUUUUGAUACUAGUGCAAUCGUUUCGACUAAUAAUUGAAGUGAUUUUAUUGUGAUACGUCAUGAGAAUGGCCAUAUUUAUUAUCUACUAGUUUGUACAUUUAAUUAUAGUUUUAAUUUAUUUAAUUGAUAUCAAGAAUUACAAAUAAAUUCGUAGAAAG